UGACCAAUCACAACUCUUGUUGCAUAGAUGCUGAGUGCUGUAAGGUUCGGCUGACCCACCAUAAGGAUAGCAGACUGAUAAAGUCAGUAUUUCUCUGUUCGAGGCUGCGCGUGCGUUUCCCGUUUUGUAGCACGGUCAUAACCCGCCCCUUUCACCUCAACUCCAGUGCUAAAGUAGCAUCAUUGCUCAAGAUGCCCCAGACAAACAAGUUCAAAAGUGCUGCAUCCAGCAGUGCUGCUCAGUCUGCUGGUCCAGACCGGGAAGAAGCCCUCAGAGACCCCAACGCACCUCCAGGGGACAGUGGUGGAGAGGACAACCAGGGAGACCCUCAAAUUGUUAAAUCUCCCAGUGACCCCAAACAAUACAGAUACAUUGAGCUGAGUAGCGGACUGAGGGCUCUCCUGAUCUCUGAUCUGAGUGGUUUAGAUGGGAAAACUGAAGAUGAGGAUGACGAAGAUUCAGAAGAGGAGGAAGAAGAGGAGGCAGCAGGAGAGGAAGAGGAGGGAGACUCAGGGGAAGGCACGGAUGAGGAAUGUGAAGAAGAAGGGGACAGUCAAGAUAGCGACUUUGAAGAGCUUGACGAGGAAGACGACAGGAAGAAGAAAAAGGGAUCUGAAAAACAGUCUGCAGCGGCCCUUUGUAUUGGGGUAGGAAGUUUCAGUGACCCUAAUGACCUACCUGGCCUUGCACACUUUCUGGAACACAUGGUGUUCAUGGGCAGUGAAAAGUACCCUUCUGAAAAUGGCUUUGAUGCAUUCCUUAAAAAGCAUGGCGGCAGUGAUAAUGCUUCCACUGAUUGUGAGAGAACCAUUUUCCAAUUUGACGUCCAGAGAAAACGCUUCAAAGAAGCCCUUGACAGAUGGGCUCAAUUUUUCAUCUGUCCUCUUAUGAUUGAAGACGCCAUUGACCGAGAGGUUGAGGCUGUGGACAGUGAAUAUCAGCUUGCUAAGCCUUCAGACUCUCACCGUAAGGAGAUGCUCUUUGGCAGCCUAGCAAAGCCCAACCAUCCCAUGAGCAAGUUCUGCUGGGGUAAUGCACAGACCCUGAAGACUGAGCCUAAGGAAAAGAAUAUCAAUGUUUACAAGCGGCUCCGUGAAUUUUGGAAGAGAUACUACUCUGCCCACUAUAUGACCUUAGCUGUGCAGUCUAAAGAGAGUCUUGACACCCUUGAGGAAUGGGUUAGAGAAAUCUUCAGUCAGGUACCCAACAAUGGACAGCCGAAACCUGAUUUUUCAGACCAGUUGAGCCCCUUUGAAACACCUGCUUUCAACAAACUUUACCGAGUGGUGCCUGUUAGAAAAGUACAUGCCCUCACCAUCACAUGGGCUCUACCACCUCAAGAGAAGCUCUACAGGGUAAAGCCUCUGCAUUACAUUGCUUGGCUGAUUGGCCAUGAGGGAACUGGAAGUAUCCUGUCCAUGCUUCGGAGGAAGUGCUGGGCUCUUGCUUUGUUUGGAGGAAACAGUGAAACUGGUUUUGAUCAGAACACCACCUAUUCAAUAUUUAGUAUCUCCAUCACUCUUACUGAUGAGGGCUUCCAGAACUUCUAUGAGGUUGCUCACCUGGUUUUCCAGUACUUGAAAAUGCUUCAAACCCUUGGGCCCCAACAGAGAAUAUAUGAAGAAAUUCAAAAGAUUGAGGCCAAUGAAUUCCACUAUCAGGAGCAGACUGAUCCUAUUGAAUAUGUGGAGGACAUCUGUGAAAACAUGCAGCUGUUCCCAAAAGAGGACUUCUUGACAGGAGACCAGCUAAUGUUUGAGUUCAAACCAGAGGUGAUCUCUGCUGCACUAAACCUCCUCACACCAGAGAAGGCAAACUUGCUCCUUUUGUCCCCUGAGCAUGAAGGCCAGUGCCCGCUCAGGGAAAAGUGGUUUGGGACCCAGUACAGUGUAGAGGACAUACAGCAGCACUGGAGAGAGCUUUGGGCAGGAGAUUUCGAUUUAAACCCAAGCCUUCACCUGCCUGCUGAAAAUAAGUUCAUCGCCACCGAUUUCACCCUCAAAACCUCUGACUGUCCCGACACAGAGUACCCUGUCAGAAUAAUGAACAAUGACAGAGGGUGUUUGUGGUAUAAGAAGGACAACAAGUUCAAGAUCCCCAAAGCAUACGUGCGGUUCCACCUCAUAUCACCAGUGGUUCAGAAGUCUCCAAAAAACCUGGUGCUUUUUGACCUGUUUGUGAAUAUCCUGGUGCAUAACUUGGCGGAGCCAGCCUACGAAGCUGAUGUAGCCCAGCUAGAAUAUAAAUUGGUUGCAGGAGAGCAUGGUCUUGUCAUCAAGGUUAAAGGUUUCAACCACAAACUGCCGUUACUGUUCAACCUGAUUGUGGAUUAUCUCGCUGAUUUCUCCGCUGCUCCUGAUGUAUUCAGCAUGUUUGCAGAGCAGCUAAAGAAAACCUACUUUAACAUCCUCAUCAAGCCUGAGAAGCUUGGAAAAGACGUGAGGCUUCUGGUUCUAGAGCACUCCCGCUGGUCAAUCAUUCAGAAAUACCAGGCUGUGCUGGAUGGGCUCAGUGUGGAUGAGCUCAUGGAGUUUGUAGGCAGCUUCAAGUCAGAGCUAUAUGCUGAAGGACUAGUGCAGGGAAACUUCACUAGCACUGAAUCCAUGGGAUUUUUGCAGUAUGUUACGAACAAAUUGCAAUUCAAGAAGCUGUCAGUAGAGGUCCCUGUUCUCUUCAGAGUGGUAGAGCUUCCUCAGAAGCAUCAUCUCUGCAAGGUGAAGUCUCUCAACAAGGGGGAUGCAAACUCUGAGGUCACUGUGUAUUACCAGUCCGGUCCUAAGAACCUACGUGAGCACACUCUUAUGGAGCUACUAGUGAUGCACAUGGAGGAGCCAUGCUUUGACUUCCUCCGAACCAAAGAGACGCUGGGAUAUCAUGUCUACCCAACCUGUAGAAACACAUCAGGUGUUCUUGGAUUCUCAGUCACAGUGGAGACUCAGGCCACGAAGUUCAACACUGAGCUGGUGGAGACAAAGAUUGAGGAGUUUCUGGUGAGCUUUGGAGAAAAGAUGAACAGCUUGAGUGAUGAGGCUUUUAAGACGCAGGUGACUGCUCUCGUCAAGCUGAAGGGUUGCGAAGACACCCAUCUCGGCGAAGAGGUCGACAGGAACUGGACAGAGGUGGUCACGCAGCAAUACGUCUUCGACAGACUCAGCCGAGAGAUUGAUGCUCUGAAACUCAUGACCAAGGCUGAACUCGUGAACUGGUUCAUGGAGCACCGGGGUCAAGGCAACAGGAAGCUCAGUGUACAUGUUGUUGGUUUUGGAGUAGAAGAAAAUGAUCCUCCUAGUGAAGUAGAGCCGGGCGCUGGAAAGGAAGAGGAGGAAGGCAGUAAGAUGUCAUUGUAUGGGGAGGUUUCCAAACUCACCUUCCUUCCUGCUUCCACUUUACUGGCCUCUGCAACUACCAUUACAGACAUCCAGGCCUUCACUUCCACCCUCAAUCUCUACCCUUACCACAAGAUUCUUAAAUAAACGAAAGCAUUGACUCACUCUGCCAGAUGGCACACAAGCACGCACCCCCUACCUCCAUCUUCCAUCCUUUCUUCUCAUCUACUCUGUCAUACUUGAGCAAGGAUGAGCAGGGGCCGGCGGUCUCCCGAUGCUCUCGCAUUUGAGAAACGAGCUUCAGCCAUGUGUGCAUUCAUAUAAUGAGCCCUGCUGUUGAAAUGACAUUGCUGUGAAUGUUGUGUGUUUGUGUGGGCGGGCGGGCAUGGACUGGACUCAGAUUGGGGGUCAUCAUAAACAUGACUUAGAACAUAAACAUGACUUUAAACUACUCAGAAUUGUGUAUUUUAUCAAUAGGUCUGUGGUGUUAAGUUUGUACUAAUAAAUUUAUAAUGUUCUGACACUGUGCUGAAAAGUAUUAUAUAUAUUUGAAUGAAAAUGCUUUUUAUGUGGCCAGUUGAUGAUGCUUGAUGCUGAAGAUGUGUAAUGAUGCUCAGCGUUGGGCAUUUGAGCAUGCAAGACCAAAAUGAUGCUUCUCUUACUGCUAUAGCAUCAUUCUGCAUUUGGAAGAACUUCAACCUGUAAACUGAGCAAUGGCUAAUAUCGCUGCUUAAAUUCAGAAUUUGCAAAUUUAUAUUUAUUAAAAGCACAGUGAAGCUACUAA